CGCGUGCUACGGUUUACACGAGUCUCUUCUGUAAAUUUUGUUAUUACCGUUACAUAUCAUUAAUCAGGUGAACGGUAUUAAUUUGAAUAAAAAGUUUCGAAAAUAUCUUAUGUAUUUUCACUAUCAAAAGAUUACUAUAUUUUAAACGUUAUAUUAUUUUAUAAAGAUAAAAUUUGAAAUACAUUUAUGUUAUUAAGGUUAACCACGAGAUGAAGAAAGAACUAGAAGAUGAAUCCACCAGUGGUAGUAAUUCAAAAUGGUAUGAAGAAUUUUCCAAACGGGAAGAGCCAUGUAAACAUUCUAAAUCUGAAACCGAAAUAUCAUACUUAAAAGAUGAGGCCAAAAGAUAUUUAGAUGCAGAGGUAGCUGUUUAUCAACUGAAAGAGUCCAAAUCUCGUAAUUCAGAAGCAUCAUGGUUAAAAACUGCAUUAACACAGGGUACAACUUCAGACAAAGUUGCAGCUGCUAUUGUAUUGGUGCAAGACAAUCCAAAACAUAAUUUAUCUAGACUUACAAUGAUCAUAAAUCAAGUACGAAUAGCAAAACAUAAUCAAUGCGUAAUGGUUAUCCAGUCCUUAAGGGAUCUUUUUUUAUGCGGUUUACUUCACCCUAAAUUCAAGUUGCUCAAGUUUGAAGAACAGAAUUUGAAUGAAGUUGAUAAAAGUAAUUCUACAGAGACAAUAGUUAAGACAGAUGCUUCAAGGAAAAAAUUAAUGGCUCAUUGGUAUUUUGAGGACCAAUUGCGUGAACAAUAUGAACGCUUUGUUAUGUCUUUAGCAACCAUUGCCUCGGAUACAGUGGAUGCAAAUCGUGAGGCAGCAAUAUCAGUGAUGACAGAUUUGUUGAUCGGAAAUUCUGAACAAGAACACAAACUUUUAGAAUUGAUUGUAAAUAAAAUAGGAGAUCCAAGCAACAAAGUAGGAUCUAAAGUUAUAUUUUGUUUAAAUAAGUUGUUGCAUGAACAUCCACAUAUGAAGCUUGUUGUAUUACGGGAAGUGGAGAAGUUAUUGUUUAGAAAAAAUGUGGCACAACGUGCUCAGUAUUAUGCAAUUUGUUCUUUAACUCAGUUUAUUUUGGAUAAAGAUGACACACAAAUUGCUACCACUCUUAUUGAAGUUUAUUUUGCAUUCUUUAAAGCUUGUUUAAAAAAAGGAGAACCGGACAGUAGAAUGAUGGCAGCAAUUUUAACUGGUGUAAAUAGAGCAUACCCAUUUGCAAAAAUAGAUUCCAAUAUUCUACAUAAGCAUACAAAUUCUGUAUACAAAGUUGUACACAUUGGAUCAUUUAAUGUUUCAUUGAAUGCACUGAAUUUAUUAUAUCAGGUUACAGGAAAAGAUGAAACUCAAUCAAAUAGGUUUUAUUCUACUUUUUAUGGAAAGUUAUUAGACCCACAAAUUGGAUUAGCAAAUAAACGUGCACUAUUUCUUAAUUUAUUGUUCAGAGUUCUCCAAAAAGAUGCUAAAAUAUUACGUCUAUAUGCAUUCAUUAGAAGAACUUUGCAAGUUGCAUUAUAUUUUCCUGCAAAUAUGACAUGUGCAAUUUUGUAUGUUAUGUCUAAAAUUAUACAAACACAUAAAGAAUUGAAAAAUUUAUUAUUAAAAUCACAGACUUGUGUUAAAAAUGAAAUCAAGGGUGCCGAAACUAAAGAUGCUUCGCUAAAUUCAGAAGAUAUUGAUGAGUCUGAGAUUCCUAAUAUAAAUUCAGAAGGUUCCCUUUUAUUGACAAAUGUUGUAAUUGGACUUGAUAGAAACGAGGAAACUAAAUCUGAAUUGAAAGAGGAAGGUGAUGUAAAGGUUGAGUUAGGUAAAGAAAAAGAAUAUGAUUCUUUUUAUCGUAAUCCUCUCUACGCAGGAGUAACUAAGGGUUUAACUCCUGAAUUAAUAGCAUUGUCUAAACAUUAUCAUCCAAGUGUUGCAUUAUUUGCAAGUACCAUCCUUGAAGGAAAACCAAUUGACUAUACAGGAGACCCAUUAGAAGAUUUAUCUUUAAUGCGUUUUUUGGAUCGUUACGUUUUCAAAAAUCCAAAGAAAUUCGAAGAUAAAAAGGUGCAAAAGAAAAAUGACCCUUUGGCACAACGUGCAGGAUAUACACCGAAAGGUAUCAGAUGCAUACCAGUAGACAGUAUUUCAUAUCUCAAUGAAAGCGAAGCACGUAUUCCAGUUGACGAAUUGUUUCUAUAUCGAUAUUUAAAGAGGAGGAAAGAAUUUAAACAUGGGUCAAGAACGAAUGAUGAUAAUGAUGACAUAGAAAGUAUUAAUAGUGAAGAAUUUGACGACAUGUUAGGUAGAUUAACAGAUGGUAAAGAUUUCGAAGAUCUAGAUAUUGCAGCUGACAUUCAAACUAGGAAGAAAAAGAAGAAAGGUGUUGAAGAUGAUGAUGAUGACGAUGGUGUCAAAAGUGACGCUAGUGAUGAUUUUGAUGAUAUGAAUGAUUCAGAACCAGAUUUAGAUGAAGAUACAGAUGAUGAAUUGCAAGAUUUAAGUGAUGUGGAUCUAAAUGAAGACGACGAUAUAAGUGACAUUGAUUUCAAUGAUGAUAUUGAUGAUAAUGAAGAUAUUUCUGACGAUGAAAUUCAGCCGAGCACAAAAAAAAAGCAACCAAAGAAAAAAGAUAAAGGGGAAAUUAAGAGGAAUAAAAAUUUGAAAGGAAUAGAUAAUAAUAUAUUUGUAUCAGCAGAGAAGUUUGCAGAAAUGCUUGAAGAACACGGUAAACAGAAAAGUAAAUAUGGUGGUACGGAUAUGUUUAAUACCGCAGACGGUGCAAGCUCGAAACAAAUAGAUUGGGAAACAAAUCGGUAUCAUAAACUUAAAGGCUCAUUCAACAAAAAGAAACGAAAAGGUCCUCAAAGUUUCAAGAAAAAUGUAAAGAAAAUGAAACAUUGAUUAUGAAACAAAAGAUUUUGUUAAACUUCAAGAUUCUUUUCAAUUAGA